UAACUUUCCGGAAAUACCCGGGCGGGGCGGCGGGCAGGCGAUGGCGCCAAGGAUGGCAGCGGUGGGGAAUCCGACAAGGAUGGUUGGGAAGUUAGAGUUAGGGCUCGGGAUGGGGCCAGGGGAGGCGGUGGCGGAAGUGGAGGAGCUCCGGAGGAGGAACUCGGAUCUGGAGCUGGAAGCGGCGGAGGCGCAGGCGAGGGAGAAGGAGGCGCGGCGGGAGCUGGAACGGACGCGGGAGAGGCUGCGGGUGGUGGAGGAGGCGGAGGAGCGGCUGACCACGGAGCUCGGGGAGUUGGAGGCAGAGGCGGUGGCGCAGGCCCGGGCCUACCGCCUCCGCAUCAAGGCCCUCUCCGACCAGCUCGCCAUCGCCCACGAGAUCCUCACCUCCACCGGCUUCCACUGCAAGCUCGUCGCCCUCAACAGACCAAAUAAUUACUAAAAUUAGCUGCUAUAUAUAAAUAAUAAUAGAUUGAAGUCACGUACUCUCUCUGUGUAUAUGUGUUCUCUUUGUUGCCGUUUUUGUUUUGCUUUUGUUGGAUUGUGGACAUGCAGCAGGAGCUGUCAGUGAGAGUGAAUGAUAGAAGUGAUCCAGUGAUCGGUGUUUGUAGAUAUAUCUUUGUAUAGGCGUGCAAUUUAGUUCUGUUGAUAUAAAUUAAGUUGUAAUUUUUAAUUUUCUUUUUCCUGUCCAUUCCAGUUUCCUA